AUUCAUCAGCUGCGUUUAAACUUUAAAGUGGUUUAAAGUAGCUCGCGUCUCGAUUGUCGUCCCGCGAUAAGACGUGCCCGCGCUAUCUCUUCCGAGAUGCCGAAUUUUACGAAGUGGCAUUUCGCGCUAAUCAUUAUCACCUGCGUGUCGCUCGGCCACGCCCUGGAGUGCUACGUUUGCACGGAUCAAGAGGGUAAUCAAGAAAAAUGCCUGAACACCAUCAAAACCUGUGAACCGGAAAACGAUACUUGCCUUACGGAGAUUAAAUGGGGCAGUACACCAUAUUGGUCUCAGGGGGCCAAGAAACAAUUUUACGUCUCUAAAAGAUGUGCCUCUAAAAAACAUUGCGAGAAUCUGCAACGCUCUAAUAUGCCUGAUUGUACUCAUAUCUGGUAUCAGGACUGGAAGUGUUCUUCUUGUUGCGGAGGCGAUAGGUGUAACUACUAUGUUAUUUUAUAUAAAAUGAAGUGGAAAUUACGUGACUUAUACAAGGCAUUUAGUCGUAGGAAAGUGGUAGACAGCACUGAAGAAAGUACUUUGGCGAGAGUCUUGUCAACUCUUGAUCUCACAGCUUUAGGAAUUGGCUCUACUCUGGGAGUAGGUGCAUACAUUUUGGCAGGAUCUGUCGCAAAGAAACAUGCUGGACCUGCUGUGGUCAUUUCAUUCGCUAUCGCCGCGGUAGCAUCAAUGUUCGCAGGUCUCUGUUACGCCGAAUUCGGCGCACGAGUACCUCGCGCAGGAUCCGCGUAUAUUUACAGCUACGUGACAAUAGGCGAGUUUGUAGCAUUUCUUAUGGGUUGGACCUUGAUUUUGGAGUAUGUGAUUGGCUCGGCUAGUGUGGUACGUGCUCUCAGCACUUACGUCGAUGUACUCUUCAAUGACAGCAUGAAAAACUUCUUUGGAUCGGUGAUGCCUAUCAAUGUCGAUAGUUUAUCGUCAUAUCCGGAUUUUUUUGCGCUUGGCGUUACUCUAAUUUUCUCAGUCGCUCUUGCUUUCGGAGCCAAGGAAUCUUCGAUGGUGAAUAAUAUAUUCACUCUGGUGAACCUGUCUGUUGUACUUUUUGUCAUAAUUGCUGGUUCCUUGAAAGCUGACAUUAAUAACUGGAAAACGGAACCCAGUUGCACCGAAACAGACUGCGAGAACGGAGAAGGGGGAUUUAUGCCUUACGGUGUAUCAGGCAUUAUAACAGGCGCGGCUGCAUGUUUCUACGGAUUCAUCGGUUUCGAUUGCGUGGCCACCACGGGAGAAGAAGCUAAGAAUCCACAACGGUCCAUCCCUAUUGCAAUUGUCGCGUCACUAACGAUCGUCUUUCUUGCAUACUUCGGUGUUUCCGUAGUGCUUACUACCGUGGUACCGUACUACGAACAAAAUCCCGAGGCACCAUUCCCGCAUAUAUUUGACGUUAUAGGAUGGGAAUGGGCCAAAUGGUUCGUGACGAUUGGAGCGAUUAGCGGACUAUGCGCUAGUCUGUUAGGUUCGAUGUUUCCGCUGCCGCGAGUGAUUUAUGCCAUGGCUUCAGAUGGACUGGUCUUCAAAUGGAUGGGCAACAUAAAUUCCCGGUUCCAAACUCCUAUUAUGGGCACGCUUUCCGCUGGGCUACUUACAGGCAUUCUAGCAACGAUAUUUGAACUCGAUCCACUAGUUAAAAUGAUGAGUAUCUGUACGCUCCUUACAUAUUCAAUUGUUGCAUCUUGCGUACUUAUUCUACGAUAUGAGGAAAGCGAAGCAUACGAGAAGAAAGGCGACCAUAAUCCACGGACUUUCGUAUUUAUCGUAAAACAAUUGAUAAGUGCAAACAAAUUAAACCAUUCUACGAAACUCACAGCGCAGAUUGUUACUGCCUUAGUAUGCUGCUAUAUUGUUCUUUGUAUCUGUACUGCCAUAUUAUUAUCGAUGUAUGCGAUAGAGAUCGCCGCAGGAAAAGUCGCUGUCAUAGUGCUACUUGUAAUUUUAGUCAUUGGACUCGUGAUCACUCUCAGUUUUAUUUAUUUUCAACCAGUCUCCGACAAGAAACUCGCGUUUUCGGUGCCGUUUGUGCCGUUUUUGCCAGGAUUCAGUAUUCUCAUUAAUAUUUAUCUUAUGAUGACGUUGGAUAAAGACACAUGGAUAUUAUUCUCCAUAUGGAUAGCAAUUGGCUUGGGCGUAUAUUUCCUGUAUGGUAUGUGGCACAGUCAUAUUCGACAUAAGAAAUUGUCAACCAGUAAUGACAAAGGUGUUGACUUUUCCCAUAUUACAUAA